AUGGCGUUUGUCUUCCCAAUCUGGGAGGAGCUGUGCCUCUUCCUCGCCUCUGCCCUCAUUGCUUACUCCAUCUACGCCCCCAUCCCCGAGGACCUCGAGGACCCCUGCAAAGUGAUGCUCAUUGCGACUGCCUUCAGGACUGCCAGCCUUCUGGCUGAGGCUGCUGAUUGGCUGGGUCUGAUGGACCUUUCGGAAGCUCUGACGCUGAUGGCAGCUGCUGAAUACAUCCCACCCACAUCCGAUGAAAACGUCACUGUGACGGAAGAGUUCAGCAACGUUGCUGUCCGUCUGUAUCUGCCCAGAAAGCCAUCUGAUGGGCUUAGAAGGGCGGUGAUCUAUUUCCAUGGCGGAGGAUGGAGUCUAGGGCAGGCAGGCACGAAAUCCUAUGAUUAUCUGACAAGAUGGACUUCAAACAGGUUAAAUGCUGUCGUGGUAUCGGUCAAUUACAGGUUGGCACCUAAAUACCAUUUUCCCGUUCAGUUUGAAGAUGUGUAUUCUGUAACAAAGUCCUUCCUCCAGAGCAGUGUCCUCUCCCAGUAUGGGGUGGACCCAGAUCAGGUCUGUGUUGCAGGAGACAGUUCAGGUGGCAACUUAGCUGCAGCUAUGGCACAACAGCUGUGAGAGGACUCUGAAGUCAAAACUAACCUCAAAGCCCAAGCUUUGCUUUACCCUGUUCUUCAAUCCCUUGACCUGAAUUUGCCAUCUUACCAAGAAAAUGGAAACGAGAUCAUUUUACCCAGGUGGCUUACGGUCAGGGUCUGGAGUGGGUAUUUCACUUCUGAUCCAUCUCUUAGGGAAGCGAUGGCCUCCAACAGGCAUGUCCCGGUUGAAUCGAGCCACUUGUUUCAGUUUGUAAACUGGAGCAAUUUGCUGCCUGAAGAGCUGAAGAAAGACUAUGUUUACACCAGUCCCACCUACGGAAGCUCUGAGCUUGCACAGAAGUACCCAGGGUUUCUGGAUCCGAGGGCGGCCCCACUGCUGGUGAGCGAUGCCCAGCUACGCGGGCUGCCCCUCAACUACAUCCUCACCUGUGAGCACGACGUCUUACGGGAUGAUGGAUUCAUGUAUGCUGAGCGCCUCCGGGCGGCGGGUGUUCCCGUCACGCAUGAUCAUGCCAAGCGUGCCUUUCAUGGGGCAAUGAUAUUUGUCUUGAGUCCAACCGACUUAGCUGUAGGGCACCGGCUGUUGAACAGAUAUAUCGAGUGGUUAAAUGAGAAUCUAUGA